AAAAAGCGAACCUCUACUCAACGUCUGCUAUAACAGCAAUCAUCUCUAUCAAUGUUUUCAAAUUUCACCAUGACGCCUGUACCCACCGACUUACCUCAGCUGACUUCAGCUGUUCAUGGAAGGAAGAGAAAGAGUUCUCCCAAGGUCGACGACGGAUCGUCCACCGUUCCAAUGUUUUUGAAGAAAACUUACACCAUGAUCGACACGUGUGACUCUUCUGUUUCUGCAUGGAGCCAUGAUGGACUCACUUUUGUUGUGAAAGAUACCGAACGGUUCGCCACCGACGUCAUCCCCGAGUUCUUCAAGCACAACAACUUCUCGUCCUUUGUCCGCCAGCUUAACUUCUAUGGCUUUCGCAAGAUCAAGUCGGAUCCGCUUCGUUUGAAAGACGUGGAGAGUAGUGAGGAGUCCAGGUACUGGAAGUUCCGUCACGAGUUUUUCCAACGGGGCCGCCCCGACCUGCUUGUUGAGAUCCGGAAAUCCAACCAGCAGGAGUCGGUCGAUAAGCAGGAAGUUGAUUCCCUCAAGUGCGAAGUCUCUACGUUAAGGAGCCGUCUCAGCAACAUGUCCCGCGAUAUGGAGAAGCUCACCAACGUUGUUAGCAGUCUCGUGAAGACACAGCAACUAAACGAGAUGGAGUCGGCCUGCAAGAAGCAGAAGCUUUUACACGAUGAGCCUGAGUAUGUAUCUUCAGCCUUCAAUGGCCAGCCGGAUACAGCGACUUCGUCAGCAGCUGCGGCUUACGAGGCUGCCUUCUUGGACGAGCUCGCUAUGGACCCUGACCUUGAUGGGUUUGGGCCUGGUUCCGUUCAGAAAGGUGUGGCGGCGGACGUCAAUGCUAUUAACAUGAAGGACGACGAGUUACUGGCAACGAUUUUCGCGCUGGACGCGAACGAUCAAGUCAACCUGCUUGAAUCCACAAGUCCGCACAUGGCCUCCUUCCAUAGUGUAGGAAACCAUUACCAUGGAGAGGCUGCUGGAUCAGCAUCAAGUGUCGACUCGCAUCUUGUGAAAAAGCUGCACUCGGCCUUGUCCAGCAUGCCGUACGAUAUGCAGGCGCUUUUUGUGGACCGCAUGGUUGCGAGCAUUGCUCACCCGGAUCAGGUGCAGCAGCAAGCGGAGGCCAUGACUUCUCUGGCCAAGAGUGCAGCCGAAGAGGCGCAGCGUCGUUUGCUGGCAGCAGGUCGGAGUCCUACGGAUCCGAAGAGCGUCCCUUUGGCCUCUGCGGUGCUCGGGGCGUACCUUUCUCGAUUCGGAGUUCCAACGGAUAUUCCGGUUGAGCGUUGGGGAGAGGCCCACACCAUUUCACCUUUGAAUUCCCGACCGAUGGUGGAGCUUUGAAGAGUACUUUGCGCUGAUUUGCAACGGUUUUUUCUAUAAUUUUGGAUAUAGUAUACGUAUUACUUGAAA